AUGGCUUUUCAGUUUGGGACCCAACCAAGGAGGUUUCCAGUGGAAGGGGGAGAUUCUUCAGUUGGGCUGGAGCCUGGGCUGAGCUUUCUAGAGAUGUCACCAACCAGGCAACUUGGAAGAUGCCCUGGAAGUCAUGGCCUGACAAUAACUGAUGUUCCCAUCACUGUCUAUGCAACAAUGCAAAAGCCACCUGCACAAAACAGCAAGGAAAUGCAUCCUAAAGAGCAUCAUUAA